AUGCAGCUGGAGGUCAUGCCCAUGCCCAAGCAGCGUGUGCUGGAGGCGGAGCAGAGGGAGGAGGCCAUGGAGAUGAGCGGCCUGGACCUGUGGAAGCACGAGAAGCCCCCAAGGAUCUGCCCCUUGCCCCCGCCGCUCCCGCCGGCGGCGGUGGCGUGCGACGAGGCGACGCUCGUGCCGCCGCUCAACUUCGCCAUGGUCGACGACGGCAUCUUCCGCUCCGGCUUCCCGGAUACCUCCAACUUCCGGUUCCUCAAGACCCUCAACCUCCGCUCCAUCGUGUACCUGUGCCCGGAGCCGUACCCGGAGACGAACAUGGAGUUCCUCGAGAAGAACGGGAUCAGGCUCCACCAGUUCGGAAUCGAGGGGCGCAAGGAACCAUUUGUCAACAUACCCGAUGACAAAAUAAGGGAGGCGCUCAAAGUUGUCUUAGACCCAAGAAACCAACCUCUGCUUAUUCAUUGCAAGAGAGGCAAGCACCGAACUGGUUGUGUGGUCGGGUGCUUGAGGAAGCUGCAGAAAUGGUGCUUGUCUUCAGUCUUCGACGAGUACCAUCGCUUUGCUGCUGCGAAAGCGAGGAUCACUGACCAGAGAUUCAUGGAGCUGUUCGACGUCUCAAGCUUGAAGCACCUGACACCCUCACAUUGUUAA